AUGGUCGACGCUACUGCGCCGCGGUUGGCGCUACAUCCUCGUCGCAAGCGUAAGUUCUUUACGGAUCUAGCAAAUCUAUUUGAUAAGGAUCCACCAGAAAUUCGCUCACUUCAAUCUGCCUUUUUUGGCCCUAAUCUACCCGAUACGUGCCGAGUAGUCCACAAUUCGUGCUCGAGUCCAAGUAGUAGCAAUGCGACUUCGACAAAGUUAAUGCCUUCUCAUUCUCUUACAAGUGACUCCGUUGAAUCAGUUCUAUUUGGUGUCGAGGGAAGCAGAUCCAGUGGAAUCAGAAGUAUUGAAGCAAGUCAGCAGAGCUCACAUAACGAGUCCGUAGCAGACAGUUUGCUCUUCCUACCAAACAACAGCAACGCUAGCACAGACAGUAGCAAAAAUAGACCAGAUAACCAUGUGCACGCUGAGGCCGAACGUGAAACCAAGUGUGAUAUUGCUAGUCGAGGUCUUGAUUGCGGGAUGGCAUUACCAGUGACGACGCUAAUUAAUAGUGAGAUGAUGUUGGAGAAGCCACGGACCAAUGCACAUCUGGAGCUCAUGGACUAUUAUGAUGCAGAUCGAAUGUGUGAGAUGUCACCAUGCUGGCUGAAAAAUGGUAGAGUAUCGUGUGAGAUUCACCAAGGAGCUAUACGCCGACCAAUGCUGCUUUUCUGUCUUCAGGCGCUGGAUGAGUUUGUUGCCCGUAAUGGAUGGCUGGGACAGCAACGCUGGCGAGUACAAGCCUGUAAACUAGCUCGAAGAGUGUUUACCGCAAUGUGGGAGGCUGAUGUGCUGGGUGUAGCAUUGUCAGAGCGAGAUAUAGUGAUUGCCGACUAUGUGACGAUGAAGACGGCUGUUAUGGGAGUGGCACUUGACGUCUGGCGCAUAAUUGCGCGUUACUGGGGCAAAUAUAAGCAGAAUUACUUUCACCAGCAAGAAUUAUACUUUAGUGACGUGUCUGAAGCGGGAUCUACGCAUACAGCUUCCAAGUGGGAUCUAGUGCGUGCGCUACUUCACAUCUAUGGGAUGAAACAGAGUCAGGCGAUGCGCCUCAUUGACGAACAUGGCAGCGAUCAUCUUAAUCUUUGCAAACUCACGAAAAAGCAGCUUCAAACAGUGGCACACGGUUUUCCGUCCAUUGAACAAUUGCACGCUGGUAUGGAUUAUUUACAGUGCAAAGCUUCUGGUACUUCUUCUGUUAAUGACGAGGAUUUUACAGCAAUGCAACGACCUAUGAUCAGUCAACACGACGCAAAGAUGGCGUUUAAUGCCAUCCGUAUUCAUCUGGAGAAGUGGAAUGAAAAUGUGCAAAUAUUUCCUUGUGGCUCCUUCUCUCGUGGCGCCGCAUUUGUAUCGGUGCUCGAUAUUCUAGUCCUAGUCCCUAUUCCGGAAGCCAAUUCUGCAACUGAAGACAUUGAUGAAAAGUUAUUCAAUGACGUGGUUACUGCUCUGAUGGCAGCUAAGGUAAUCCAAAAAGGAUCAAUGCGCCAGCUUACAGCUACUCGCGGGGCUUGUAUCGUUCCGUUCAAGAACAGCUCAAUUCUGUUGGACUUGAAAGUGUACUGCCCACCUCGAAGUUGGUUUGCAUUGCUGUACUUCACCGGACCAGAAGAUUUUGUAAUAACCUUUUUCGCAGAUUUGCUCAAGCGAUCACUGCGAGAGAUUUCUGAUACUUCUUUCGAGUGCAUUUACUCAAGUAUAGCAGAAGUUAUUGACACCAAAGCCCUUUUUGCCAUUGCAUCCGAGAAAGACCUCUUCGACUUCAUCGGCCGUGAUUAUUUGCCGCCAACAGAUCGAAUCUAA